CCCACAAUUCCCCGCGCAGAUCCGCUUUCCCUUCCUUGAGAGUUAAGAUGGCGGACCGGCGGCGACGGAGACGGCGCGCCUCUCAGGACAGUGAGGAGGAGGACGAGUCCGCCUCGGGCUCCGAGAGCGGGAGAUCCUUCUCGGCCAGCCGGAAGACUCGCGGAAGAGAUCCCGAGCCGGUCGAAUCGCCAGCGGAGCGCGUCGCCGCCAAAAGCGACGCUGAGUCGGAGUGUGAAAGUGAAGAUGGUGUUGGAGAAGCAGUCUUAUCAGACUAUGACAGUGCUGAUCUGGAGGAGAAUGGAUCGCACACGGAGGGAGGAGAGGAUGAGGAGGAGGGAGAGCAUUUCAGUGAUGAAGAGGCCUCACGUCCUGCCGCAGAACCGAAGCCUGCUGCAGACGCCCCGACACAAGAGCUUGGUGAAGAGGAGGAGAGAGAUGAAGGUGGCAAAGAAGUUAAAGCUGAUGAGAAGGGGAAUCUAGCUGGGGAGCGGCAGAGUGGGGACGGACAGGAAAGCACUGAGGACCCUGAGAAUAAAUCAGGCAGCAAAGGCCAGAAGCUGGAUGAUGAUGAGGACAGGAAGAAUCCAGCCUACAUCCCCCGAAAAGGCCUUUUCUUCGAGCAUGAUGUGAGAGGUCAGGCUACAGAGGAGGAGAGACCUAAAGGCAGGCACAGGAAGUUGUGGAAAGACGAGGGCCGAUGGGAACACGACAAGUUCCGCGAAGAGGAGCAGGCGCCAAAAUCACGCGAAGAGCUAAUUGCUUACUAUGGUUAUGACAUCCGCAAUGGCACAGGUCCGAGUGACGGACGAUCGUACCGCUCCCGAAAACCCAGACAUGCUGGUUCGCCCAGUCGGGAGCCUAGGCGCCAUCGUGAUGGUGAAAAAUCAGUGCGUACAACAUGGCAGGGGCCUUCACCUGGCCACCGCAAUCCCCCUCAGUCUGUUACCCUACAGUCAGGCCCACCACCUGGUCCCCCUGCAGCACCCAAACCCUCCGGCCGACUCUCAAAUCAGCCUCCCCAGCGCAGCUUCCAAAGCAGUCGAGCCCCAACGGCCCCCCACAGGACAGAAGGGCAGAGACACUCGAAGCCCAGUCUAGACGGCCCGCCACCUCGAGGAAUGCGGCCACAGCCUGUAGAGGGUGAGAGAGGACCGCGGCUCAGGGGUCGUGGUUUGCAUGCUGUUCACGCUGACCGUAGCCCGGCCCUGGUGGUGGAGGACAUCCGCAGUGAGGAAGAAGAGGAGGAGGGUGAGAUUCCAUUAGCGACAACUACAUAUACCGCUCACCACUACAAGACGGAGAGAGAGCGGGUUCCGUCACCACGGAAACAAGAGUCGGGCCCAGCGAUGGAAGGGGGUAGUGCAGCUGGUCAGGUGCGAGAAUCGUCUCCUCCUCAAGAGAGGCCGGUGGAAAAGAAAUCGUACUCGCUUGCACGGAGGGCGACGCGAACGCGGCCGUCUGAUCUCGGUAAGCAGGCGUCGUUAGAUGAGUCUUCGCCCACGGUCCAGCAAACCCCGGCGGCAGCAAAGAGCGAGUCUUGGCAAGAGCAGAGUGAUACGGGCACACAAGGUGGACUGACAGGGCUUGACCAGGACCUGGCCCGACUCAGCCUGGCGGGGCAGAACUGGGCGCAAAGCCCACCCUCCUACCUUCAAGCUGAGAUGAGAGGCAUCCGUAGCUCAAUGCACAUGGCAGGAGGCCCUCCACAGUAUGGAAACAUGGAGGAUAUGGGUGUUGGUGGUGGCCGGGCUAAGCGAUAUUCAUCACAGCGCCAGAGGCCAGUUCCUGAGCCUGCACCCAUGCACAUAGGAGUCAUGGAGGGCCAUUAUUAUGAACCCAUGUCAUUCCAGGGACCAAUCUAUACACAUGGGGACAGCCCAGCAGCCCUGCCUCCUCAAGGCAUGCUUGUUCAGCCUGAGAUGCACCUGCCACACCCUACCCACCCCGGACACCCAGGCUUGCACCCGCACCAGUCGGGAGGGCCCAUGCCCAAUCCGGCUCUUUACGCAGCCCCACCCGUUUCGCUGUCACCUGGGCAACCGCCUCCUCAGCAGCUGCUACCCCCACCCUUCUACCCCCCUCCAGGUGUCAUGACCUUUGGCAACACCAACUACCCGUACCCUGCCGGAGCUACGCUACCUCCAAUGUACCCCAACCCCCAGGCACAGUCACAAGUCUACGGUGGUGUGACGUACUACGACACGGUACAGCAGCAAGCUCAGCCCAAACGCUCCCCUCCCCGACGCUCCUCUCAUCCCGUUACAGUCAGACCUCCCCCUCCUGAGGACCAGAGCAGAAAGCCCGCUGAGGAGAUUCGCUCCUAGCUGCCAGAGGACGAGGAGGCCGCGUGUCAGGACCAGCAGCACCCCCUUUGUAUAAAUUGAAUUCACCAUUUAGGUUUUAACUUUCACUUUUCAUUUUGUUUACUGUUCGUGUAUUCGUCACGCCUUGCUUAGGUUCACUGUCUUCAUCCAAGGUUCUUUUUGCAGGUUAUUCCUCUCUGUUGUAUUUCCAUUCAUAACCAGCAAAGUGUUUUACCGUUAUCCGCUGUUCGGCUAGAAAUUAAAUAAGCAGCCUUAAACAGCGAGAUGUUGUUUUUGCUUUUCACUAAGCAACUCUGAUGUCUCUACUAACGGACGAGAAUUGAAAUUUACUUGAGGCUGCUGGACUUUUGAAUUGAGUUUGUUUUUAACCACCUUUCACUCAAAUGUUUUUAUUGAAAAGGAGAAAAGACAAACUUGAGUAUGUGAAAAGAUAGGCCUGCAAUUUUUAAUUCUGGACUAACGGUCUUCGGUUUCAAAGGUUAUGUGCUCGGAAUUGAGCAAUGAAGCCAGCACGUGGCUGUUAUACACGGUAAUGACCUUCAGAUGCACAAAUUAGGACCUUUUUGGGUCUUGUAAGACCCUUUUCGCAUGUUUUCUUUUCCGUUUAAAAGCGCUGUACCAUUCUGACUGCUUCACCUGCCGCGAUGGUGCUAGUCCCGUUUCAGACUGGGGCUGAAACCCUCAAACCUUUUCCUCCGUCUGUCCCGCUGUCCCUUGUAUCUUUUGAAAUCGUACUGUUGAAUUCAAUACUGUAAUUCUAUGGAAGCGAACCGUUAACCUUGCCAGAUACUGACCUACUUGACAGUGUAACUCGCUUGAUUAGCUUUCUAUUGUAAGUGUACAUAUUAAAGUAUAUUGAAGCCGGUGGUUUAACGAAUAAUACUAAGAACUAGUCAUUUAUGAAAUGCUGUCGAUAUGAACAAAGUCAGCAGGGAAACCUAGCUUAGGCCUCUCUUUGAUUUUGAAUUUAAUUUCUAAAAAUUAAUUUGCAGUUAUUCAAUGUUUUUCUUUCUUUUUUUUUUUUUUUUAAUAGUUCUGGUUGCAAUUGUUUUUUUUCUUUCAGGCACACUGUACAGGCAUGCAUGGUUUUAUAGAUAUAUUUCAUUGUGGAAGCAAUUCUAGAUGGCAACUUUGGCUGUGAGCUGUUAUUCUUUGCCCCACUGUGGGAGUGCUAUGGAUGCAUCUUUUUCAAUCGUUCCCUUUAUGAUUGUUUCAGAGAAGAAAAAGAAACCUAACAGUAUAACUGAGAUGUUGUCGUUCCCAGCGUUGUUUAGACAUGGCUCAUAAAGACUAUUAGAAGAUGUUGUAUUACUUUCUAUGCCUUAAAGAGUUAAUUGGAUUGACAUAUCUGUUUCUGUUUGAUUAGACCUGACAACACUGUGAGGGCUUGUAUGUUUCAUAGUUGUUUGAAUAAUAUUAAAAGUGUUUCAUUUUUGCGAUUUUUAUUUUGUGGAGCAACGUCAGGAGAUGAAAUUAAACAAGAACUGAAUAUAACA